UAGUUACAGAGACCCAAAGGAUUUAAAUGGUGAUGGGUUGACUUGUCAGAAAUAGUGUAAACCACUUGAACAGCACAGUUCAGAGUUUCUUUUGUUUGGUGUUUCGCCUUCGGCGUUGCGUUGCCUGCCGUCGACUGGAUGAAUUCUCGACCUUGUUUUGCUGGCUCUUUUGACUCGUCAGGAGCGCAAGUUGAACGUUCUCUUGUCUCCGGAAAGUUGAUUCUCAAAUCCUCCCGAAGCUAGAGUUGUACUACCAGGACACCUUCUUAGUAUAAUCUUGUCAUUAACCCUCCGUUCUUGUUUAUUAGGCGCGCGGCCACGGAGCACUGGAACCAAGAGCGAUUCUCAGUGCACGCACGGGCUUUAAACGCGGCGAAGUUUAGGCACCGUAGAGUAAUUGCUGCAUGCAACAUAGGCACCAUAGAGUAAUUGCUGCAGGCGUCCCGUCGGUUGCCAAAACGCCACGGCAAAUAAUUCCCGCGCCAUUUUUUCAAUCAGAAAAAACAUUGCCGGUCCAACCGCCAAAUUCUUUUUCGCCAUCGUCAAUUUUUUCCCUGCCCGCGCUCAUUGCAUCUGUCUUCUGCCCCGAAAUUUUGAAUUGCAUCUACACUUUUCAAUCUGCGCCAAAGCAAAUGGAAAACAUGUGUAUAAAUAGCUUCUCCAAUUCUUGUAAGCCAUGGCGGAUCCACACCCAGAUGGAGGCUUUGAUUUGAAUAAAGAUGCUGUUGGGCUUGAUCUUAAUGUUCCAGUGCUUGAAGAUGAUGCUAGGGAGGUGCAGCGACUACCUGCUGUAGAGAUUUAUCUACACAACCCGAUUGACUGGGAUGAGCUGCAAGAAGAUCUCUUUGAUUUGAGUAACCCCAUAUAUUUUCAUGCCCCUGAAGAAGGAGAUGAACAGCAUGACUUCCAGGACACUGAAGGAGAGGACAUACAAGAUGUACAUCAAACGCCAGAUGGAGAUGUACCAUCGAAUUUGCCUUUCCUGAAUCAGAGUGCAAAUGCCCAAAGAGAUGUUCUACCUGAUCUAAAUAUAAUGCCUAGUUUAGAAGAUGAUACUAGUGGCUUUGAUCCUGAUAUUGUUCAAGAUAACAGCAGCAACAACACUUGUCCAGUUAGUACGAGAAAAAGAAAGCAAUAUAGUGAUGAUACAAAGCGAGCUGUAUACGCCAUGCUGUUACAGGGAUCAGAGCAAGGCCGUUUGCCAGAAGGGUUAUCGUUGCAAGUGUCUUUGGCUAUGGAUGUGUCUCUCAGAUCAGUGCAACGUAUAUGGCUACAAGGGCAAAAAGGGGGAGGAAUUCAUGGUGUCGUGAACAAGAGGGUGAACCAUUGUGGACGUAAACGAUUUGAAAUCCCAACAGAAGCAAUAACUUCCAUACCGUUUGAACAAAGGACAACUUUAGAAUACCUAGCAAGGGCUUUGGGGCUGUCCAAGAGCACUGUCCAUAAGCAUUUGAGAGAAGGGAAAAUUGAACGGCACUCGAGUUCCAUCAAGCCAUAUUUGACAGAUGAAAACAACAAGGCCCGGGUGCAGCAUGCUCUCAACAUGUUAGAACCAAGCACAAUUCCUCACCAACCGAUCUUUAGGCAUAUGUACAAUGUGAUCCAUGCUGAUGAAAAAUGGUAUUAUAGGACUAGAUCAACUCAAAAGUUCUAUUGUGCACCGGGUGAGGAAAGGCCCCGUCGGACUUGCAAGAGCAAGAAUUACAUAGAGAAAGUAAUGUUUUUUGGUGAGCAGUCUCAACCUUGGUUCAAUGAGCAAAAUGAAUGUACAUUCGAUGGGAAAAUUGGCAUAUAUGCAUUCAUUACUGUUGAGCCUGCAAAAAGGAAGAGUCAUAAUAGGCCACGAGGCACUCUGAUCACAAAGCCAAUGACAUCAGUAACCAGGGAUAUAAUCAGACGUUAUAUGAUCGACAAGUUGUUGCCAGACAUCAAGACAAAAUGGCCAGCUGAGGGUCGACAUGAAACUAUAUGGAUACAGCAGGACAAUUGUAGAACUCAUAUCCCGGUUGAUGAUCUUGAGUUUUGUGCAGCAGCACAAGCUGACGGAUGGGACAUCCAUUUGACAUGUCAACCUGCAAAUUCUCCAGACACAAACGUUUUGGACCUAGGAUUUUUUGCAGCCAUACAGGCUUUGUUCCACAGGAGUGGCAUGCCAAAAAACAUUGAUGAAAUUGUGGAAAAGGUUGAAUCAGCUUACUGGAAUUUCCCUGCUGGUAGGUCAAAUCGAGUAUUCCUCACACUUCAAGGCUGCUUACGUGAGAUAUUGAAGGAAAAGGGAGGGCAGCAUUACCCUGUCCCACAUAUGAAGAAGGCAAUGCUGGAGAGACUAGGAGAGCUACCAAAGACAUUGCCAUGUGAUGCUGCCAUUGUUUAAGAAGCAAUAGAUUUUCUUGCCGCCGCCGAAUGAUCAUUUGUAAUCUCUGAAUUUUAUCAACAAUCAUUUGCAUCCAA